UUUUCUCGAUUGCUAAGACACAAAACCCAGUACUCUAAACCAAAUGACCAGUUGCCUAAACACAUUUAGUAAAACUACCCCCCAUUUGCCACAACCAAAAACACAAUUCACCUGUAGACACUGUUCACAAAACCCAUCCCCUUUUUCUCAAAACUCUAAACACAUUUUGCCUUGCUAAAACACAUUUAGCAUAUAUCUCUGCUCAAAUAUGCAUUGUGAAGCUCAUGUGAUGCAAAAUGCCACACACAGUCAGCAAAACCUGAACACAAUGAACACACCUGGUGUAAUUCAGUAAACACAACGACUCAUAAUUGAAAACACCUAUUGCAAAUGAUGUGACCACACCUAUAUAAGUCAGUUUGCUGAAGGUUCCAAACAAAAAUGGAUGAUCAAGGAAGAAGAAGAGGAGUUCGUGCCAGAGGAGGGAGAGGAGUUCGUGCCAGAGGAGGGAGAGGAGUUCGUGCCAGAGGAGGGAGAGGAGUUUUUGUCAGAGGAGGGAGAGGAGCAGGCCAAGGAGGGAGAGGAGCAGGUCAAGGAGGUAGAGGAGCGGGCCAAGGAGGGAGAGGAGCAGGUCAAGGAGGUAGAGGAGCGGGCCAAGGAGGGAGAGGAGCAGGUCAAGGAGGUAGAGGAGCAGGCCAAGGAGGGAGAGGAGAAGGAGGGCGAGCAAGACAACGCAUCUUCAUCACAGAUGAAAUGAGAGCAACGGUCAUUGACCACGUCAUUGUCCACGGCAUGACAAUGACCGAAGCUGGACAACGAGUCCAACCAAACCUAAGCCGAUUCUCAGUGGCCACCAUUAUUCGGGCCUUCAGAGAACACAACAGAGUUGAAAGAUUGCCAUAUGCAGGUGGGAGGGCUUCCAGAUUCACACCAGCCCAAGAGGUCGUCAUUGUGGAUAUGGUUCGGGAGAACAAUGUGCUGAGACUACGGGAGAUACGGGAGAGGAUCAUUGGUGACAAUAUGAACUUUCCGAACAUUGACGAUGUUAGCCUGACAACCAUAGACAGAGUCCUCAAGCGCCAGAGAGUACGCAUGAAGCAGGCCUAUAGGGUACCCUUUGAGCGCAACUCUGACAGAAUAAAGCACCUCCGUCACCAGUAUGUGCAAAGGAUCUUCGAGUUGGAGUCCAUGGCCAGACCCCAUGAAUUUAUAUUUGUGGAUGAGGCUGGCUUCAACCUCACAAAAAGGAGGAGGAGAGGCCGUAACAUCAUAGGACAGAGAGCUAUCGUUGAUGUGCCCGGCCAACGUGGAGGAAACAUCACCCUCUGCGCUGCCAUGAGUUCUAGAGGGCUUCUCCACCGGCAUGCUGAACUUGGUGCCUACAACACUGAGCGUCUCCUCACCUUCCUAGGAGAGCUCAGAGAAGUUUUGCAUGACCAUGACCACCCGAACGACCAGCAGAAUCCUGGGCCGGCUGAUCUUCCCAUAUAUGUCAUCUUCUGGGACAAUGUUAGUUUCCAUCGCAGCAUCCAGGUCAGAGAGUGGUUUAACAUCAACCAGCAAUUUAUUAAUGUGUGUCUGCCACCCUACUCUCCAUUCCUAAACCCAAUAGAAGAGUUCUUCUCAUCAUGGCGGUGGAAGGUCUAUGACCGCCAACCGUACACCAGAGAGAACCUUCUCAGGGCUAUGGACCUGGCCUGUGAUGAUGUGGCUGUGGAGGCGUUCCAAGGCUGGGUGCGGCAUGCCAGGGCAUUCUUCCCACGAUGUUUGGCUAUGGACAAUAUUGCCUGUGACGUGGAUGAGGUACUGUGGCCCGACCCAGUCCGACGACGUGAUGCCGCCCAAUGAUUGCAGUGUCAACAUACUGUGUCAAUUUACAUGUACAACGUAGGCCUAAUAAAAGAGAUCGCACCCUGAA